AUGGUAGCCAACGACAAGAUAAAACUAGUGAGAACCCUUAGGGACCACAAUAACAAAGUCUGGAGUGUCGCGACUCACCAAUCGCUUCCUUUACUUGCCACCGCGUCGGCUGACAAAACCAUCAUAGUUUACGACCUUAACAACUUCAAUGUCAUCACCAAGCUCUCAGAAACUCAUCAGAAAUCCAUACGCUCAGUGAGUUGGAAACCUUCGUCGGAGUUCCCGUGUCUUGCUGCCGGGUCAUUUGAUUCGACAAUGUCUAUCUGGGCCAAGACCGAUGAGAACUUUGAGGAAUACAGUGAUGAUGACGAUAUUGACGACGACGGUGCUCAGGAAGGUAAUAGUACCAAUAAGCAAUGGUCAUUGAUGGCGAUCAUCGAGGGUCAUGAGAACGAGAUCAAGUGUGUUUCAUGGUCGGCUGAUGGUAAUUACUUGGCCUCGUGUUCUAGAGAUAAGACCGUGUGGAUUUGGGAGACCGACGAAUAUAAUGAAGAGUUUGAAUGUAUCAAUGUUUUACAAGACUAUCAUUCCCAAGACGUGAAAUUUAUCAAAUGGGGGCCUGAUCAAUGCUUGAUCAGUGCAUCGUACGAUGACACCAUCAAGGUGUUCAAAGAGCCAUCACCAGGGGAUGACUUGACGUGCGUAUGUGAUUUGAACGCCCAUGAUGGCACAGUAUGGGCCAUUGAUUUCGAACCAAUGGAAGUGGUUGGUACCAAACAUUGGCGAUUUGUCAGUUGUAGUGAUGACUCUAGUGUCAAAGUAUGGGCCUUGACUGAGGAGAAUCGUUCAGAAGAGUUGGAAGAUUGGCAAUUACAAGCCAAGUUACCAAUAAAGCAUAAAGGAUCGAUAUAUUCCGUUAGUUGGAGUGCCAACUCCGGAAGAAUUGCAAGUGUAGGAUCGGAUGGUAACCUUAUAAUUUACAAAGAGAUCGAGUCUGGUAAAUGGGAGAUUGAUCUGAUAAAGCCAUUGGCCCACGGAGUGUUUGACCUCAAUUGUGUGGUCUGGAUCAAAAAUAUUGACGAAUCGGCUACUACUGAAAGAUUAAUUACUGGUGGGGAUAAUGGAACGGUUAAUAUCUGGGAGAUUGAAAUGUAG